CCCGCACGAAUCUCCACGCACGCCGCUCGAAGUCGCCUCCCAUUUCGCGGGUCGCCGGCGCGCUGCACGAGCGAGCCCCCGCUUCCAGAUCUCGGGCCUUCCGCCCCGGCCCUCCGGCUUGGCUCCGCCGGAUCCAGAACCUUCUAGAACCCUGCGCAACGUCCUCCUCCUCCCCUCCGUCCGGAUCUCGACGACACCUGGUGGGCGCGGCGCCGGGCGGCGAGAUGGCGACUGUACAAGGACCAAUGGCCAUUGGGUCAGCUAGCCACAAUGGCAUCGCCCCUGAGGAGCCUAAAGUUGUCGUGGCGGAGAACGGGAAGGCUGUCGAUGUUCAGGAGAAGGAAAUUAGCAUGGAAGGCUUCUGCUCCAUAAGUGCCUACGAUCAGUGGACGCCGCUCUCUGUCUCCGGACAGCUUCCGAGGCCGCGCUACAAGCAUGGAGCUGUUGUGAUUCAGCAGAAGAUGUACGUCUUUGGUGGCAAUCACAAUGGCCGCUACCUUGGCGACACUCAGGUUCUGGAUUUGAAAAGUUUGUCAUGGUCAAUGCUGGAAGCUAAAUCAGAAUCAGCUGAAGCAGUCUCAUUUGCUGCAUGUGCUGGUCAUUCACUGAUUCCAUGGGGAAAUAAGAUCCUAUGUCUUGCAGGACAUAGCAGGGAACCUACAGAAAGUCUCAGUGUUAAAGAGUUUGAUCCACAAACCUGCACUUGGUCUUCCCUGCGUACUUAUGGAAGCUCACCGAGCUCACGUGGUGGUCAAUCAGUGACUCUUGUUGGCGACACUUUGGUUGUGUUUGGCGGGGAAGGUCAUGGGAGAUCACUUCUGAAUGAUCUGCACAUUCUUGACCUUGAGACCAUGACUUGGGAUGAAUUUGAGACCACAGGCACUCCCCCUUCUCCAAGAUCAGAGCAUGCUGCUGCUUGCUUUGCAGAGCGAUAUCUUCUGAUAUUUGGUGGGGGGUCUCAUUCUACAUGUUUCAGUGACCUACAUCUCCUUGACACACAGACAAUGGAAUGGUCAAGACCAGAGCAGCAAGGCGUUACUCCAGAACCAAGAGCAGGGCAUGCAGGUGUAACUAUUGGAGAAUAUUGGUUUAUUACCGGUGGUGGAAAUAGUAGGAAAGGUGUCACAGAUACUCUUGUACUUAACAUGUCUACUUAUGAAUGGUCAGUUGUCACUGGCCUUGAGGCCCGUGCACCCCCUACAAGUGAGGGCUCAAGUUUAGUAAUGCACACGAUUGAUGGAGAAAAUUUUCUGGUGUCAUUUGGAGGAUACAGUGGCCGUUAUAGUAAUCAGGUUUAUGCCCUCAAGACAAGUCUCAAAUCAAGUGUCCCGAUUCAACAAAAAACUGAAACGGAUAUAAAUGGCACUACCCCCAUAUCUAUACCAGAAAAUUCUAGCAGGAAAGUCAUAUUUGAAAUUGAGGAACUUAAAGAUAAGCCUGGCAAUAGGGCAGAUACCAGCAAAACCUCGGCACAAGUAGUUAAGGGUGAAAGAAACCAAAUAGAGGACAGACUUAACCAAGAGCAGUUGCAGAGUCUCCACCUGAAGCAGGAACUAGCUACCGUGGAGAACAGAAAUGCAGAGCUUACUGAGGAAAUCCACCUAGUUCUAGAUCAACUUUCUGCUGAACAAAUGAGGGCUUCCAAACUUGAGAAUGAAGUUUCAGAUAUUCAAGAACGGCUACAGAAGAUGGAUGUCCUACAAAAGGAGUUUGAAUUGCUUCGUGGUGAAAUAGACUCUGGGCCCAACAAAGCAGCUGCAGGCAGCGACCAGCCACCCCGUGGUGGGGGAUUCUGGAGGUGGAAUGGAUAACUCCUUAAGCUGGAGUAUCGGAGAGAAGAUAUUUCUAGAGUUGCAUUCAUUUCAUUGCCAUUUUCUCAAAAUUUUGAUGAAAUAUACGAUAUAAAUACUUGGAUGAUAGAUAGGAAGCAUAUAUAUGGCUUUACUGGUAAAGAACAGAAUGUAAGCAAAUUGCAGUUCCAUCAGUUGUGCAAAGCAUUGAAAGUCAAUGUCAUGUGUUGCCAGCAUUUCUGAGUAA